AUGGUCCCUUUGCACAAGGACAGCCAGGAGGAGGGCAUCUGCCCCAUCUGCCAGGAGCGCCUGAAGGAGGCUGUGAGCACCGACUGCAGACACCUCUUCUGUCGAGUUUGCCUGACGCAGCACAUAGAGAAGAGCUCUGCUUCUGGAGCCCUCUGGUGCCCCCUCUGCCGGAAACCCUGUUCUGAGGGGGUGCUGGGAACAGGCUAUAUUUGCCCCAGACACCAGAAGAAGGUGUGCAGGUACUGUGAGGAGACCAGACUUCUUCUGUGUGUGGAAUGCUUGGCAUCCCCUGAACACAAGUCUCAUCGUGAGCUGACCAUUGAAAAUGCCAUCAGCCACUACAAGGAACGACUCAACCGCAGGAUCAGGAAGCUCAGAAAGGACAUUGGAGAACUUCAGCAGCUCAAGGCUCAGGAGGAGGAGAAGCUGCAAGAUCUGCAGUUUCAGGUAGACCAUGGGAAUCACAGGCUGGAGGCUGAGCUGGAAAGCCAGUAUCAAACCAGGGGCCAGCUGGAUGCCCUCCCUCAGCAGUGGCUGAACCUGCCAGAGGACAUGCCAAGAGAGGCGGCCAGAAUCCUUGACAUCACCAGGGAAGUAAUGCAGCUCAGCAGCCUGGUCACGGAUCUGGAGAGGACAGCCAAGAACCUAGACACCAACACACUUAAGAAUGCCAGUGACUUAUUGAACAGGAGUGCUCCACAGAAAUUAGAGGUUGUUUACUCCAAAUUGGAGAAAAGAGUCAAUGAAUCACUUCAGGCAUCAGCAACAGCUCUGUCCUGUUCACCCCCAGGUCAUCUCAUUUCAGACUCACCUCAGCGUCCACUCUCUCGUUCCUCCAACCUGUCCAGCCUCCCAUUAGGUCUACCCAGUGCAUCUCCAGGACUGCUGCACCCUGAACACGGACCCAUUUCUUCAAAACUACAACUGUCACCUGACACCUGA